AUGUCCGUCUUCCCUCUCUUUCUUCUUCUUCUUCUUCUUCUUCUUCUCUCGGUUGCCACGUCGUCAUCGCCGUUGUUCCCGUGUCCGAAACGGUGUCAGUGCUAUGCGGAUAACGAACAAAACCAACAAGUGCAUCUCAUUUGCAAGUGGGAACAGGUAAUUGCGGGGCAGCGGGGUGGCGCCUCAUUAUCAAUUAGGCGACGCGUGAGUUGGCAUCACGUAACAGUACAUGGAAAUGAACAAAACGAUGAAUGAGGGGGAGGGAUUCGUCAAUGAGACGUCUAAAAAUGAAGAUCUGUAGAGGAGAGCACACUGAAAUGCAACAAAACCGUUGAAAUGUUAUACUGCCACUAUCAUUUUCUCGAUAUAUUCAUGAUCUCGUUGAAACUGUCUUCAAAUGUUUCAAUUUAUUGAUUCGGACAGAAUGGACUGAGCAAACGCGCUCCACCGCACUCAGCAAUUUACUCUUUUCCAUUUUCGUCUCUAAAUGCAUUUUCUUUUAAAUUUCACCAAAAAUGCUCGUUGUCCCACUUUUCUAGCUCUAAAAUCGUACAAAAUAAAACACAUUUUACAUACUUUCAUCGAAAAACUUGCGAAAAUCGACAGAUUUUGCCAAAAAAUCGGAUUAUUUCGAUUUCGCAAUUACGAAAAACAAAUCUUGACAUUUUGUUAUCAAUUCGACACUUCGAUGACAAUUUUUUGCCUUAAAUUUUUGAUACACGGUGAUUCUUUGCGAGGGUGUAGUGAGAAACCCGCCGCGAACUCGGCCACCAUUCAAAGAAGGGGCGUGGUCUUGCGCAAUUGCCGCACGCAAUUUUGCAAGUUUGGCACGCGCGCUUUCUGUUUAGCCGCAAUUGUUUCCGACAGCAUUUUGAGGACGUUCUUACUGCUUUGCAGGAACAUUACACAGCGCUGUUAUUGGUUUUUGCUGUUGGCAAUUUUUCUCUGUUGACAACAAUUACUAAAAAUAAUAAAGCUUCUAUAAACUGCGUUCUUUCAUUUUUGAGAUAAAAAAAUACAAUACUCAGCCGAAAACAAGCAUUAAUUGACAGAGAACAAGCGCGAAAUUCGUGAAACAUUCCCCAUGGCCGAGUUUCUUCGGUUCGGCCUCCUGGCCUAACUUCUGGCGUGGCCUAAUAAUUUCUUGUUCAGCCGGGGGACUCGGCGGAAACCGUGGCCUAGUACCACGGCCUGCGACCCCGGGGCAAAUGGACUAGAAUUUUCCUCGUCACCCUCGCAAGAAUCAAAGAUAAAGAAACAUGAUUGAUCGAUGAAAGUGGUUAGAACAAUUGACACCUCACUGAAACAGAAAUCAAUCCCAAUUUCCAUUAAUUUCCAGCUCAACUCCUCCACUCUCCACUUGGCCCGUCCGGAUCUCGUCCGAACUCUCACCAUCAAAUGUCCGUACCACUCCCCGAAGAUCUCAACUCCUCCGCCGGCCCUAUUCCAAGGUUUCCGCAACUUGGACCGUCUCGAACUGGACAGAUGUCUGAUUGAUCAAGUGCCAGAGACUCUUUUCGCGGUCGGACCCAUCCGAGACGCCUUCUAACUCUAGUUUUACAGGGCCUCGGCCAGCUCUACUCGUUGAUUGUGAAGAAUGCGAACAUCACCGACUUUCCGAGACAAAUCUUCGCCCACAUUCCCAAUUUGAUGACUUUGGACUUGUCCGGCAAUCGAUUGAGAAUUGAACCGUACUCUUUACGAUCGCUUCAGUAAUUGCAUUCGCCUAUCAAGGUUUAUCAUAUCAGUUGUGACUGUUACAGUAACCUAAUUCACUUGGAUCUGAGCGAUAAUGACAUUGGAUUCCUGACGAAUACGCUGAUUUCGCUGACAAAACUGAAAGUGGUCACGAUAAACAACAACAAAAUCACGAACAUUGACUUCAGAAGGUACCGUAGUGCGCUAGUCAAAGUACCGUACACUUUUUCAGAUUCCCUGAGAACUUGACCGAUCUCUCGAUCCGUCACAACCUCGUCUCGACGAUCCAUUACGUGCCCGCCAGUGCUCGCAACUUGAAACGUCUGGAUUUGGCCGGAAACCGAAUCGAAUUCAUAUCGGGCCUGGUCUCAGGAGCCGUGAACGUACUGCCGUCAGAGCUCAAACACGUGGAUCUGUCGAGUAACCGUCUGAAUUCCCUCCACGACCACGCCUUCGGCCACCUCUCCGAUCUGAUUCUCGUGGAUCUGAAGAACAACAGUCUCGCGGAGGUGAAAUCGGCGAGUUUCCGAGGGUCGAAGCAUCAGAUGAAGGUGUUCCUGGCCGACAAUCCGUUGAUGUGCCAUUGCAAUCAUAAAUGGCUGAUCGAUGCUGGAUCCAAGGUACUGUAUUGCUGAAAAUCUUUAAAAAGUCAAUUUCUAGAACGUAUCGAUUGGCGAUUUGCAAGCGAUUCAAUGUUCGGACAUUCUGAAGCCGGAGAAGCGCGUGCUCUUGACGUUGGCUCAUUCCCGGAAUCAGUUGCUCUGCAAGUACUCGAAUGUGAGUUGGCGAUUCAGUUUCAAAAGUUUCAUAAACGACGAAACAGUCAUUUUCAGAUGUGUGA